CUUUGGAUAAAAGCGCUAUAUAAGUGCGCCAUUUACCAUAAUAUAAGUAUAAUUUAAUAACUAUAAGGUUAUUAACUAUUACAGAUAUAACAAAUAUAACAACUUUGAUGAUGGUGGGUUGUGAUUUCCAGCAAAAAUCACGGAUCCUUUAGCGGUCACAAAACCCACUUUGAGACAGACUAAUAUAUAGUACUUCAAUUUUGGCAUCAGUAUGUCUUUUUAUGGUCUUUUAUUUAUAUUAAUUUCUGAACUGUAGGGUUUUCUCAGUUUUAACAUGUUGCAGAUUGCACUAGUUAUAAUUGUAUGUAAUUAUCUCAUUAACAAAGGAUAAUUAUCAUAUAUGUUAUCAUAUAUCAAUUUUCUCCCUACCAAGCUACCUGUAAUAAAGUAAAGCAUCAGCAAACAGUUUCAGCUUGAUGCAGGGUGGAGAAGCCUGUAUUUGACUAAUUUGGAUCUAAUUCAGAGUUCAGCAUUUCCAAAGUAGUUUAAAAUGAGGUUUUAAAGUCAGUCUCUCUCACACAAACUCACUCUCUCUCUCUCGCUCUCGCUCUGUCUCUCUCUAACCCAUUUUAGGCUAAUUAGGCCUGUUGGCACAGACAGGCCAGAGGAGGAGACUGAAGUCUCAGUGGCUUCGUUCAGGCCAAUUUAUUCUCAAUCCCUCAUCAGCUCAUAAACACUAACGCUUCGGUGUGCCUGCAAGGUGCUGUCUUUCACACCAGAUCAUUUCUAGCUUUGAUGAAAUUACUGAAGAGUUAAAACAGCUCUAAUGUUUGCACCUUUCCAGUUUGUCCUACAGCAACAAUGUGUGAGUGAGUGUGUGUGUGAGUGAGUGUGUGUGUGUGCACCCUUCACUGGCGGGAAUCCCUCGAGGCUUUUUCUUGACACGUCCAAAUGGUUUCCCAUGGCAACUGACUGGCAAGUAAGGGUCCACAUAUGGAGUGAGAGAAGUGAAUGGGUCCUUAAACUUGCAGCGACAAUAUCACUAAUGUCCUAUCAAAUGCUCUCACAGGUCAGACCUUUCCUGUAAUGCUAAGCCAAACAAGGCCCUGUGGACUCGUUCUUCCAGUCACAUAGAGCAAGACUAAUUCUUUUGCUAGCACUGACCAACUGCGCAACUAUUCAAGUAUUCAAAGAGACACUAAAAUAUUCAUCUGGAUAAUGAAUUUGGUUAUCUUUCAAGUUAGCAACUGUUCCCUGUUUGUUCAUAGAAGUGUUUUAUUGGCAUCCUUAAAUACUGAAACAUUUUAAUUAUCUAUGAGUAAAUGUUUGAUGUUUAGUUGUUUGUCAGUAAAUCUUUCUAGACUUUACUCAACAAAGUCCCCAGUGUUUCAUUAACACCUACACUGUUUAUUUAGUGCAGCAGACCACAAAUGAAAAGUUCAUUCAGCACUGCAGGUGCUAAGAGCAUAGGUGUUAUUUUAACAGUGUAAAUUCAACAAUGGACUAUUUUCUGUUGAGGCCCUAUGGAGACUUAACUUAAAAAGCUCAGUCUGUGCCUCCAUUACCACAUCUAAUUUAAUCUCUCCGUAUCCCCUUUCUGAUCUCACACAGAGCCUGUUCCUGGGGGCUGAGCAGUCAUAAGAGGGCUGACUGCAACUCAUCCAUCUGUUUUGCAUGCUUCCAUAGCUUGUUUAUAGCAGUCAAUAUACAACAUAUGUGUUCAUACAAGCUAAUGUAUGUGUCGUAGAGCUGCUUCAGGGUCACAGGGAACCUGGAGCCUAUCCCAGGGAGCAUCGGGCAUAAGGCAGGGUACACCCUGGACAGGGUGCCAAUCCAUCGCAGGGCACAAUCACAUACACACUCACACACCCAUUCAUACACUACGGACACUUUGGACAUGCCAGUCAGCCUACCAUGCAUGUCUUUGGACUGGGGGAGGAAACCGGAGUAACCCGGAGGAAACCCCCGCAGCACGGGGAGAACAUGCAAACUCCACACACACAGGGCCAAGCUGGCAUUAUAACUGAGAUAAUGUGAUAGCUUUUGGGCUCUGGUCCUGCAUUAGUAUUGCUUUGAAAUAGUACAGCUCCGGUCUUCAUACUGGAUCUGUGAAGAUGAAUCCUUUAAUGAGAGUAUUGUAUUGUAUCUGUGUAUUGUAUUCAGAUCAGAGCCUUGCCUGCACACAUACUAGCCUUUAUGUCCCAUUUCAGUGCAAACAUUAUAGAAGAGAGAAAUGUUAUGUUGCUUUUGUCGCUAUACAGUAAGACUUCUAUGUAUAUAUACAUACCGUGUAGAGAUGCAUUUCUGUUUUGGUGAAGAUCCCAGAAGUUCAGCAAAUCCAGCACCAACAAUCACGCCAUAGUCACAUUUUUUUCCCCAUUCUGAUGUUUGAUGUGAACAUUAACUAAGGCUCCUAUAUCUGCAUGAUUUUAUACAUUGUAUUGCUGCCAGAUAAUGGACUGACUGGAUAAUUUCAUAAAUAAUCAGGGUUACAGGUGUUUCUAAAGCAGCCAGUGAGUAUAUCCACUGUAUAUUAAUCAUCACUUCAUGGUAUAUUCUUCUUGGGAAUUUCAUGGUUCCAGAAGCUAAAUCCAUUGAAGUUUUGUUAUACACACUGUGUGUGUGUGUGUGUGUGUGUGUGUGUGUGUGUGUGUGUGUGUUGCUAUGAUGCAAUUAUGGUUGUGAAGCUCCAUUCAUUUCAGACCUGCCUACAUUUACUAUUGCCCUAUAUCUGCUUCUACAAUGAUGUAUAAUGCAUUAGCUAGCUGUCCAUCCAUUCAUCUCUCCAUUUACCAAAGUUCUCAGUAAGAAAGGCACUUCCUGCAUGGAUGGUACCUGGGAUUGGAGUUUAUUCCCCUUAGGACACCACACAAGAUUGGCUUAUGUCAUUUAGGCCACAGUCUGUGUAAGCCACAGGAUGUGUCUCAUCAGUAAUGGUUUAUGUUAGACAGGCACUCAGUUACUGAAAUGAAAUGUAGCUUUUGUCAUAGUUUCAUUCCUUGUUGUCCCAGUACUCUGGUUGAAAGCAUCAGAGUCCAUGUUGUGUCACUGCUGGAGAUGGUGUUGUAGUCCUUGUAAUCUGAGAGAAGGAGGCAGCUUUAGGGCAUUUGGCUGCAGCUAUUUUAAUCUUAAAGUCAGAGUACUGAGACUCACACUACACUUGUAAGUGGCUUUCCUCCAGGACUGGCCAAUAUCUUGAAUAGCGUGAAGAGAAAAUGGAAGAACUUGUGUGUGUGUGUGUGUGUGUGUUUGUUUGUUUGUGUGUGUGUGUGUGUGUGAGAGAGAGAGAGAGAGAGAGAGAGAGUAUUAGUAGGUGCUUCCCUUUUGCCUCUCCCUUCAGUAAUUCACCCUACUUUUCUUUCAUGGCUGAAUAUCUCCAUGACGACCCCAUCCUCUCCUCUCCUCUCCAUUUCUCUCUCUCUCUCUCUCUCUCACUCACUCACUCACUCGCUCACUCUAGUGUGCGUCAUGCACAUGAAAAGUGCUUGGUUUCCCUUUGGAACUCAGUCUACCACCCCACGCACACUCACCUGCAAAAUCCCAGUUCCUCUUUGCUCAUCAGCCUCUGUGUUCAGCGAGACGUCAUUCACAUACACACAAUAGGAAGCACGUCAUGUUCUCCAAAUAAGCGCGCGCUUCAUAAGAAGAACAAGACAGAGAGAAAGACAGAGAGAGGGAGAGGGAGGGAAUAAAGUCUUAUUGUUCUUGAGCAGCGUGCACUGGAGGUGUGGCAUCUUCCGGGCGUUGUCGUGGAGACGGAGGACUGGCCAAGCGCUGUUGUCUUUCUUCCUCCAGGCUCAUCACCAAGACGCUGAUCACAGGGAGGCUGAUCCUUAUGGCAAGAGACGCAGCCACAGGUGGUCAUGCUGCUCUCUUUGUUCUCCUGUGCUGUGGGCUUCUCCCUCUUACUGCUCCUCCUGUUCCCGUACCCUGCCCAGGCUUGCCCUGCCCGUUGUGAGUGUUCUGUGCCCACACGUUCAGUCUCGUGCCACCGCAAGCGGCUGGCGCAAGUGCCCGAGGGCAUCCCCAUCGAGACUCGAGCACUGGAUCUCAGCAAAAACCGUCUGCGCAUUAUCACACCACAGAAUUUCUCUGGCCUUCUGUUGCUAGAGGAGCUUGACUUGAGCACCAACCUGUUGUCUUCUGUGGAGCCUGGAAGUUUUCGUGCCCAGCCGCGCUUACGAACACUGCGUCUGCGCAACAAUCAGCUUACCUUGCUGCCACGUGGUGCGCUUGCUGGCCUGGGUGAGCUCACUCUGCUGGACAUCAGCCAAAACCGUCUGGUUAUUCUGCUUGAUUAUGGCUUUGAGGACCAGCGGCGUCUGCGUGUGCUUGAGCUUGCUGACAAUGAGCUAGUUUUUGUUGCACCCCGUGCCUUCAGUGGCUUGCCUGCAUUGCGUUCGCUGACACUGCAGCGCUGUAACCUGAGUGCUGUGCCCAGCCACGCACUGGCGCACCUGCACGGCCUAACCAGUCUUCGCCUUAGACAGCUGGACAUUGCAGAACUGCUACCACACACCUUCAAGGGCCUGGGCCGUCUGCGUCAUCUUGAGGUGGAUCAUUGGCCAGCACUGGAAGCUGUGUCCUCUCUUGCCCUGCAGGGUCUGAAUCUUAGCACGCUCUUCAUCACCCAUACCAACCUUUCAGUGGUACCAGUGCUGAGCCACCUGUCCUAUUUGACCCAUCUGAACCUGUCAUACAGCAGCGUGAGGAUGUUGCCAGCUGGCUGGCUGCGUGGUCUGGAUCGGCUGGAAGUGCUGCAUGUACGCAAGGCUCAGUUGGUGCGUGUGGAGGCCCAAGCCUUCCAAGGGGCACUGUCACUUCGUCUGCUUGACCUCUCCUACAAUCGCCUGACUACACUGGAAAGAGUCACACUGCCAGCAUCUAUGGCCUUGCAGAACCUCCUGAUUAACCAAAACCCAUUAGUGUGUGACUGCCGUUUGCGCUGGCUACUUCAAAGGACACUGCCGCUACAAUUUGGAGAAGUGCAACCUCAGUGCACAACCCCUGCCGCUCUGGCUGGGAAACCUUUCAGUGAUAUAGUAGAGCCACUGCUUUCCCGCUACGUCAUAUGCACCAAACCCAGGGUCACUGCCAUGUCGACACAACCAGCCCAAGCAGAAGAGGGACAAAAGGCAUGGUUGUACUGCACAGCAGAUGGUGCUCCACCCCCCUCUGUCUCCUGGCUGACACCACACAGGAGGCACAUCACCACCAAGAGCACAGGCCGCAUGGUUGUCCAUGGCAACGGUUCCCUGGAGUUCCGGGUAGUGGAGCCUCAGGACAGUGGUAUUUAUGUGUGCGUGGCAUCCAAUCCUGCAGGCAAUUCCACCCUGUCCAUAACACUAGCUGUUAAAAGCCUGGGCCUUAGGGAUGGGGCUCUCUAUGGCAACCGCAGCUUCAUCUUCGAUCCUGAUUACAAUAGCUCCUUGAUCAAUGGCACAGAGCAUUACACAAUCAGGAUGGUGUUGGACUUCACUACCAUUCUUGUGUCUACGGCCAUGGGCUGCCUCAGCUUCCUGGGUGUGGUCCUUUUCUGUUUCUUGCUACUGUUCGCUUGGAGUCGAGGCAAAGGCAAGCACAGAGGAAGUGUGGACAUCCAGUAUGUUCCCCGCAAAAGGAAAGGAGCCAGCAGUGAGCUUACUGAGACCAGUGGCCCCAGACGUGUCAACAUGAAGAUGAUAUGAGAGCCAGAUGGUUCCAAACGCAUAACCUUGAUCCUCUAAUAGUCAAACUGUAGAACAGAGGAAAAAGCAAAAACAGAGAAAGACCUGCAACCAUGGUGGCCAGUAGAGAUUGGCAGAUAAGCAGCACACUAUUUCAGUUUGUGUGCUUUCGUGUGAAUGUACGUUUGAGGUACCUAUGACGUACAUACAUAUGAAUGUACAGUUGCAAUCAAAAUUACUCAACCCCCAUUGCAAAUCAGGUUUAUUGUCCAAAUGUACAGACUUUCAGCAGUUUGCAAUGAACAAAUCAAACAAAAGCAAUUGAAAUAGUUCAACACAACGAAUGCUUCAAGUGGUUUCCCCAAAUUCAACUGAAAAUGCAACUUGCAAUGAUUUCUCUAGUUUCAAAAUUAUAAAAUUUUAAUUCAUUAGUUGCACUAGGUGUGCUUGAGCUGGAACACAUGAAAUACCUGAACUGGCUAGGGGUAGAAAAUUUAUGAAAUACCUGGAUGGGGCAGAAAAAGGAAGCUAAUGGCUGCAACCAGAUUUCUGAGAAGGCAGGUUGUGAAAAACCCUCGAGUGACUGCAAAAGACCUGUAGCAAGACUUGGUGGUAACAGGCACUGAGGUUUCAGUGAGCACAGUAAGGUGCAUACUAAAUGCAAAAGGUUUCCAUGCCAGAACUUCAAGACGUACAUCAUUACUGACCCAAAAGCACAAGAAAAGUCAGCUCAAAAUCAUAUAAAUAAGCCACAGAAGUUUGGGAUUCUGUUCUGUGUCAAACAAAACUUGAACUGUUCGGCACGAUGGAUCAGUGGUAUGUCUGGAGGAAGGAGAAUGAAGAAAGAAUACUCUGUCCACAGUCAAGCAUGGUGGUGGCUCAGUGAUGGUCUGGGGCUGCUUUGCAUCCUCUGGUACUGGACACCUGCAGCGUGUGGAAGGCAUGAUGGAUUCAUUGAAGUAUCAGGAAAUCCUAGGAGAAAAUGUUGGACUUUCCAACAGGAUAAUGAUCCCAAGCAUACCUCAAAUUCCACCAAGGCUUGGUUGCAGAAGAAGUCCUGGAAGAUUCUACAGGGCCAUCACAGUCACCUGACUUGAACCCCAUAGAAAAUCUCUGGUGGGAUUUGAAGAAGGUGGUUGCAGCACACAAACCCAAGAAUAUUACUGAAUUGGAGGACAAUGCUCAUGAGGAAUGGGCUAAGAUUCCUCAGGAACGCUGCCAGAAGCUAUGUAUCUCAUUUGCAGAAAGUCAUAACAGCAAAAGGGUGUUCUACUAAGUACUAAAUAUGCUUGCCGUGAAUGGGUUUAAUAGUUUUUAUAAUUUUUUUUUAUUAUUAUUAUUUUUUAUAUAACUGGAGAAGUCAUUAUAAGUUGCAUUUUCAGUUGAAUUUGGGGAAAUCACUUGAAGCAUUCAUUGUGUUGAACUAUUUCAAUUGCUUGGGUAUGAUUUAUUUAUUGCAAACAGCUGAAAGUCUAUAACUUUUGACAAUAAACCUGAUUUGCCAUGAGGGUUUAAAUAAUUUUGAUUUCAACUGUACGUAUGUCAGUUGAAAAAUUGUGUGUGCAUUUAUGGGCAUGUGAGUGUCUAUAUUAUAUGGAUGUUUUCAAUUGUGAGAGUUUACACAUACUAUCCAAACAGAGUCACUUAUCAAAAAAAGUAUUUGCGUGUCUUCUGCAAUGUUUUGUCUGGACAGCGUUAUUUGGACAGCACAGAUAUGGGCAGAGGGCACUUUGUUGUAUAAAUAUCAUGUUUGUGAGGGGAAAAAUGGUCUAUUUAUACAUUUUAAGUUCCACUAUUAUUAACCUUUGAAUUGCUGCAAAAACUCAAACUGUCUUCCCCAACAAGUAAAUUAUAUACAGGAAGAAGCCUCAGCAGUGCUGUGUUGUGAAGCAUUAGGUUUUGCUCCGAAUAUCUAUUCUCCCCUGGGAGAUCCUGAAGUUAGAGCAGCCUCUGGGAAAAGAGGAACAUCAUCUGCCAUUUUAUUGUAAUAAAAAAAGAAAAGAAAAAUAAUAAAUAAAUAAAUAAAUAAAUAAAUAUAUACACACACACACACACACACAUAUAUAUAUAUAUAUAUAGAUAUACGAUGUGUUGCAAUGUGAGGACCUGUUUGACAUGGUGGGUACAAGGGGCUGUGUUUGUGACUCAGUGGAAAUCUGUGAAACUGUUUUUGAUGUUCUGUCAAAUGCUGCUCAGAUGUUUUUACAUAAUAAAUACAUUGGUAUAUUUUCCAAAGAAAAUAAAUAUAAAUCAUAGAGCUUGA